AAAUUUGUCACCAUUGGGAGCCAGAACAAGACAUAAUAGACAAGGCACUACAGAAUGGGUAACCAUCCAGAAAUCCCUGUAGACUCAACUGGAAAGACCAUUCCAGUUAUAGGCUUUGGCACAGCCGAAUAUCCUUUCGGAGCCUCCUUUGAGACUCUGAGAGAUUCUCUUCUCCAUGCAAUCAAACUGGGAUACCGACACUUUGAUUCGGCUGCUCUUUACCAGUCUGAGCAGCCUCUUGGGGAAGCCAUAGAUGAUGCUUUAAACCUUGGCUUAAUCAAAUCCAGAGACGAGCUGUUUAUCACUUCCAAGCUUUGGUGCAGCGAUGCUCACCACGAUUGUGUCUUGCCUGCAAUACAAAAAACACUCAAGAAUCUGAAGUUGGAGUACAUGGAUCUUUAUCUCCUUCACUGGCCAGUAAGUGUGAAGCCAGGGGAAUAUGAGCUGCCUGUAAAAAAGAAAGACCUGCUUCCUAUAGAUAUCAAGUCUGUAUGGGAAGCUAUGGAGGAGUGUCAAAAGCUUGGCCUGUCCAAAUCAAUUGGUGUAAGCAACUUCUCAUGCAAAAAGCUUGAAACAUUACUGGCCACAGCCAAGAUCCCUCCAGCAGUCAAUCAAGUGGAGAUGAACCCACUUUGGCAACAGAAGAAGCUGAGAGAGUUUUGUGAAAACAAGGGUAUACGUAUCACUGCUUAUUCACCCUUGGGAGCCAAAGGAACACUGUGGGGAACAAACUGGGUAAUGGAAUGUGAGGUGCUAAAACAGAUUGCUGAGGCAACAGGGAAAACUAUUGCACAGAUUUGUAUAAGAUGGGUUUAUGAGCAAGGGGUGAGUGUGCUUGUGAAGAGCUUUAACAAGGAUAGGAUGAAAGAGAACCUUGACAUAUUCGACUGGAAACUGAGUCCAGAGGACUUAGAGAAGAUAAGUCAAAUUCCACAGCGUAAAGGAUUUCCUGGACUUGAAUUCAUAUCUGAAGAAGGCCCCUACAAGUCUCUUUCGGAGCUUUGGGAUGGAGAAAUUUAGAAUUUUAUAAGAAUGCAUUUACCAGAUGUAGCAAAUUCACAAGAUUGGUUAUGGAUUUAUCAUUAUGCUCUCUCUCUCAUACACAUUUCUGCCGUUAUUGUUGUUGUUGUUGUUCAAUAACUACCUCUGGUUGGAAGGUUUAGUCGAAGGUGCCAACGGCAAAGUUUCCCCCAAAGGCUUGUACUCAUUCUGUGUUGGGUUACCAAUGAAAUUUUUUUCUUUCUUUUUUGAGAAAGACCAAUGAGAGUUAAAUCUGCCUUUUAUAUAUAUAGAAAUGGAUUUUUCUUCA